AAAGCAGCGAUUGGUCCGUCAGUUUGUGACGUAACUUCUCCAGCCGGAAACUGGCGAUUGUUUCGUGAAAUUCACAUGUGAACACAAAACAAACCGCACAAUAACAGAGCAAAGUAAAGCAACAGUUGUGUUUAAAGGAGACUCCCUCAUACCCACGCGAGACACUCGCGAACAUUAGGCUUGAUUCGUGCGCAUUAUGUCCGCGUCUGUUGACAUCCACGCGCAGCUGGCGUCGAUCAUCGAGCGGUACUCCAGAUGCGCGCUCAUGGAGAUGAGCCGAGCGGUCGAGCAGGAGAUGUCGAGGAGACAGAUGGAGGUCGAGACGCUGAUGCUCAAACUGCAGUUUGCUGAGAGCGAACUGAGAUCAGCCCGACGGAACCAGACGAACCUGCGGUCCGUGGCGACGCAAGCCGGUGACACUGGACACAGAGAGAUAAACCUCGAUCUUGUGAAGUUGAGUGAAGAAGGACACGCAGAUGAUUCUUCUGCGCAGACCUUCACACGGAAUACAGAUGGAAUCAAAUCCGUUCAGAUCAAAGAGGAAGAGAUGGAGGAUGGACUGUGGGACAGUGGAGCGAUGUCUCCGAUGUUGGCACCGGAGGUGGAAGAUCUGGACACUUUCAGCACGUCAGGAGCCGCUAGAGAUGGUGGCGAAUUAAUCCUGACAAAUAAAAUGAAGUCCAGUGGUCUGUGGAAUUCACCUGUUUCGGAGGAGUUCCUUUUAAACCCAGAAGCCCACAGUCUAGAUGCAUGUCCUCACGCCACAGUCGAGCAACACGUCUCGGGUGUUUCUUCAGAAGCAAACUCGCAGCGGCACGUCGAAAACCCGUACAGAAUGCCAGAGUUCUCCCCGCGCGCCGCUCAUCACACGCUUCCGCCGGAUCAGAGAGAUGAGAGAAGCUCGAGCUGUCCUCAGUGCGGUAAGACUUUCACCACGCGCUUCUACCUGAAGAUCCACCAACGAAUCCACACGGGAGAGAGGCCGUACACCUGCCCACAGUGCGGCAAACGCUUCUACUGCAACUCUCAUCUGAUUUCACACCAGCGCUCUCACACCGGCGAGAAACCAUACAGCUGUGAAGAGUGCGGCAAGUCCUACUCGCAUUUAAACUCUCUGAAACUCCACCAGCGCAGUCACACUGAAGAAGAGGCCUACGCGUACUGGUAACCUUGAUCUUCACAAAAGAGUUUGUUGGAUGAAAAAUAUUUUUUAAAACUCCUGUGUUUUGUAAAAACCUCCGUGCGGAAAAUUAAUAAUGACCAAUACUUUUCUCUUGUUUAUGAUCAAUAAUGACAUAUCACUUUUUUUUCUGCUGAACACAAAAAAAGAUAUUUUGGAGAAUGUUGGACAGCAAACAGUUCUGGGGCACCAUGGACUAACAUUGAUUUUUUUUCCCUGCUAUGGGAUUCAAUAGGGUAAAGACUGGUUACAAGCAUUAUUCCAAAUACAUUUCCCUGUUUUCAUCAGAACAAAGACUUUAAACAGAUUUGGAACCACUCGAAGGUGAGCAAAUGAUAACAGAAUUACAUUUUUUGGGUGAAGUAUCAUUUUAAACUCACAGUUCAUCCAAAAAUUUAAAAUCUUUCAUCAGGUUGUUUCAAAUCUGUUUAAGUUUCUUUUUUUCCAACAAAAAUUUAGACAGAUGAAUGUUCACAAUUUUCAGUUCUGGGACAUCAUCCACUACCAUAGUAGAAACAUUUUUUUUUAUUUUAAUCAUAAUAAAACAUCAUUCUCGAGCACCGUUUUCCAUUUAAUUCUUACUACUUUGGUAGUUAAUGAUGUCCAGAACUAAGAAUUACUACCGUUCUUCCGCAUAUCUUUCUUUGUGUUUAUCGAAAAACAUAGUAAUUUAUACAGGUAUGAAAUUACAUGAGUGUGAGUAAAGGUGACAAAAUUUUGUGAUGAACUUUCCCGGCUUGAAGUUUGAUAUUUUAGUUUUUGUAAGAUGUUUGUAAUGUUUGCUAAGAGCCAGUUAUGUAACAUCAACACAUGAAGUAUCUGAAGGGAUGUAACGAUUGACCGUGAGCCGGUUGAAAACCGCCUAUAACGAACAUGUGACGAUCUAAGUCGGUUGAGAUGUCAAAUUAAUCGCAAUAUAUGUUUUGAACAGCAGGGGCCGCUGUUUUUAAUGCAAACUUGGAAAACGUGGAUAUGCUGAUAUAUAUACAAGUGUAAAAAAAUCCAAGAAAAGAAAAGACAUUGUCUUAGUUUGUUUAUAUUAAAGAGACUUUUAAAUUGUUCAUUUGAUAUGGAAUUACUUUUUAAAUGGCAGUUUAGUUUUGUUAUUUGACAUCAAUUAUAUUUUUAUUUGACAAAUGUGUAGCAUAUGUGAAAUAAUAAAAGAGCAGUUGUUUA